AGUUAUCACAGUCAGCACCCACCUACAGGAGAGGUGGGUAGCCAUCUCUUGCUUCUCCUUCACCAGUAUAGACUUUUAGCCAUUUUUCUUGCUAUAGUUAUGCCUCUGGAACAGUUUUGAAUCGCAUGUGUAUAUUUUUAUAAAUGUGAUUCCUUAUUAUCCUAAGUGUUUCAAUAUUUGUGUACAAUAAUUUAUCUUGUACAUCCCGAAAAGAUAUUAAAGAGCGUCGUUUCAUAAAACUUAAUGAAAAGUAGUGAUUUGACGGCUUUCUGUCAUUUUUAAUAAGGUUUGCAAUGGCACUAACAAUGUACGGUAAACUACUCUACCUCACUCUUGCGAUCACCUGCCUGGAUGCUGUCCUGGUGGGUGCGAGUGGCGAACAAGACGUGGCUCGCGAAGAUUCACCCUUACUGCAAGAUAACACCUUUUCCAUGCUGCAGGAAGGCAUUUCGCCAAUGCUCCUCCUUCCAUCAAUUCCCUUGCUGCAAGAGUCUCUGCCGCAGGAGCAGCGUCGACUGAAGGAAGACGAAGAAGAUGAGAAAGAGGUGGCUGCGCCAGGGAUAACAUGGGACGACAUCCUCACCAUCUGGGAUACCAUCAAGUCAUUCUAUCUCCCACAAAAGAAAUACAUCGACAACGAUGAGUGUGUAAAAGACGUAUCUGACAGGAGCUUUAUUUUCAAGUAUAACAAGUUGUGGAUGUUCCAAAUGAUAGACUCGUGGGGCAAGCUGCCGGAUGGGUUCCUGUUCGGCAAUGUAAGAGCCUCGGGCAUGUUUGAAGAAUGUAUCAAGGUGGAAGUCCAUUACAACUAUACUUAUGGUCUCUUCUUUAAAAAGCAUGAGCUCAGGAACUACACCGGGCGUUACUGCAACAUCUACUACCAGCCUAACUUGUCGUUUAACAAGACUAAGAGUGUCUCUCACGCCUUCGUCGGGAGUGGACUAGCCUUUGUUGAGUUGGCGUCACCUCUGCCCUUCUCCUACGCCACCUGCAUGCCAUCCACCUGCACCUCUGAGGACCUCCUGGAGUCUUUGAACGGGACGAUGCAGGAACACGGGAUACAAGUUGUGAAUGUCAGGUGCUUUACUGACGAUGAUCCUCCAGACAGCCUCAUCCCAGAGGACAAGGCUAUGCUGUCGAUCCUGGGUGUGUUCGGUGCCCUGGUGGUGCUGGCCACAAUCUACGACAUCAUCACUGUUCAUUUCGGCCUCAAACAGUGGAGGGAGUUUCUGUGCUUCAGCUUGUACAGAAAUAUGAAGAGAGUAUUCACCUAUGAUGUCCCUGAAGGUGCAGACAUCAUCACCUGUCUGCCAGCGCUCAGAGUAGUGACCAUGUCGUGGAUCAUCAUCUGUCACCAGUACGAGACUAACUAUAACUUCAUCGUCAACACUCUCGACUCUCUCAAAUACCAGGACCCGGUGAUAGCCCAGGUGGUGACCAACGGCUGGUUGUCGGUAGAUACGUUCCUCUUCAUGACGGGUCUGGUUCUCACCUACCGACUACUGCCUCACAUCGUCUCUCGCCGCCCCGUCUCCCACCUCUCUCUCUUCCUCAAGACUUUGUUUAGAAGGUUUUUCAGGUUGGCACCGACCAUCUUGUGCGUGGCACUGUUCUGUGCAUCAUUACUUCGGUUCCUGGGGUAUGGCCCGCGUGCACACUUCCUGCGCUCCUUCCAGGAGGACUGCUCAGACCACUGGUGGAAGGACCCGCUCUUCAUCAACAAUUACGUUUUCCCAGACAACGAAGGCAACAACGUGAAUGACUGUCUGGACAACUGUUGGUAUACUGCCGUUGAUAUGCAACUGCUACUUAUCCUUCCAAUUCUUCUACUGCCCUUGUCCUACUUCGGCUCAAAAGGCCUGGCGAUGCUAGUCUUGGCGACUGUCCUGUCGAUUCUGGUUCCACUCUUCAUCAUCAUUGGGUAUGACCUGCCACCCAUUCCUCUACACUAUCUCAGCCCAUCAGUGAGCUUCGAGUACAUGAAGAAAGUGUACCUUGUACCGUGGUGUCGUGCAGGACCUUGGCUGGUGGGUGUGUGGACUGCACUCUUCCUCCGUCACCCUCUCAUCAACAAGGUCAAGAUACCCAGGCUUGUUGUGUUCCUGGGCUACAUAGCGGCCAUCUCGCUAGGCCUAGGGUUGGUGCUAGGGCUCUUCCCUUUCAACCACGUCUUCCCAAGCAAGACCUGGGUCGACCAGCCGGCUAUGUCUGCGGCCUACGGAGCUCUGGCCAGGCCGGCCUGGGGGCUUUGUUUGGGCUGGGUCGUCUUCACCGCCCACACCGGCAAUGCCAAACUGGUGAACCAUAUUCUGUCUUAUCCUGGGUGGAGACCUCUGGCCCGUCUCACUUUCACCAUGUAUCUGGUGGCUCCUGUGGUCCAGCUCUGGUGGUCCUCCGUCCUGUUCGUCCCAGUUCACUUCGACUAUCUUGCUAAGGUGAGGGAUUAAGAUGAUACUUCUAGG